UUCUGAUCUCUCUGAUGCAACGGAUGCUAGCCGCGGGUAUUUGCUGCUAGUGUUGAGGGAAUUCCCGGUCGGACUCAAAGGCAUAAUUAUUUCGUCGAUGCUGGCCGCGAUGUUGAGCUCCCUGAGUUCGAUCUACAACAGUGCGGCUACGCUGUUCACGAUGGACAUCUACCGAUACUACCGACCAGAAGCGAGUGAUAUUAUGGUAUGGGGGGAUUUAUGUUGAUCUAGAGGAUGCACUUGCACGGCAUGUUUCUUAAAGUAGUUCAAAUUUCAAACCAACAGUGCGGAAUGUGGUAUGUGAUUCUCGUCGGAUUUUUCCAACUACCAGCGGGCCGCACCGUCAAUCUCUAAUACCUCCGAAUCUGUGCGUGCUGGUCAAUUGUGGCAGAUUUUGAUGACGUUGCUCACCCUCCUGAUGCUUCCCGUGGUAAUGCAGGCGAACACUGGGUUUUACCUGUACGCUCAAGACGUGAUGAACCACAUGAUGCCACCCCUAGUUGCGCUUUUUAUCGCUGGGAUAGCUACCACAAGUGUGAACGCGACCGGUGCCUUUGUCGGCGUCAUCCUGGGAGCUUGUGUUGGCUUUGUGCGUUUCGUCACACGAUCGAUAGUGUUUUUGACGCAGGGAAGAAACGUUUGUGUGGUGGUGGAUGAGGUGGAACGGAGAAGGACAUCUGCAUCAGCAACAUCUUCAUCUGAAGACCCGCGGCCAUCUCCAUCAUCGCUUGCAACGAAUGGCACAGCACAAGAAGAGCUAGAAUCUUCGCCUCUGGUAGUCGAUAACUGGUGGCUGUGUGAGAACUUCUUCUGGUUCUCUGCUGAACUGUGCUUGUUCUCCUUCGCAGUUAUGGUAGGUGUCUCGAUGAUGACAACUAGCCGAUCCUCAUCAGCUGGAAGACCUAGUGAUAGAGAAGCACAGAAGUUGAGAAAGUACGAACUGCAAGAGAUUCAAGACGGGGAAAUAGGCGCUUUGGGAAGCAUGUCUGGCGGCGCAACACCGUCUUCCGAUAGGGGCUUCGAUAGUCCGACGAGUGCGCCUCCAAAACACAUAUCAACGACGUCGAACACAAUAGAUCACGAUCUCAAGGAUAGGCGCUCACAAAAGGAACGCUGUUAUGGUCGAACGAUGUUUUCUGUGUUUGGUGACAUUUUGCCCGGAUGGAAGCAGCACCUGGUGGCAACAGAUGAGAACAAGAUAAAGUCAACCGACCCAGCACGUCUUCGCAGAAGCAGUCCACUGCGUAGGACAAGCGGGAGGUCAACAACUGCUCGUGCAUUCGGGCUGGCCUCUCCAACUAGGGGCUACGCCAGUUUCCGAGACGAAGAGGACGAGAAUGAUGAAAGCAGGUUAGAUCAUUUAGACGACAUUGAAGUUGAUGUUGAACCAGGAGUUGUUCGCAGUAGUACUUCUGCACCUGUUGGACGCACCCUUGAAUUAGCAGAGAUUGUUGGAAAAGGAAAACAGGAUCGACCUGCCUCAGAACCCGGAGAAAAGGACCGCUUUAGACCACUUCCACUAUCUAGGAAUAACAGUCAUGAAGAAGAACAACAUCCAGAAAUGAUUGAUGGAGAGUUCUAUGAGAAAAACUCCCAUCUGUUACAUGACCCAUUUGAGAAUACAUCUCAAAAUCUACAGGCACUUGCCCUCAUUGUCAUUGUAAGUGGGAUCAUUCUACAUUUUCUGUAAAGGCUAAGGCAGUGUUGAAAGUGAAGACGACGACAGCUGACACAAGGUCAAGUAUCUUCCACUUCCGUGAAGAAGAUGAAAAUCAAAAUGUACAGUCAUCACUAGCAUCAUUGCCUCAAAUUUUU